UAUAUACACACAUGUGUGUGUGUGUAUAUAUAUAUAUAUAUAUAUACACACACACUAUUUUUCGACCCUUCGUUAUAACCCAUAAGCGAAACCAAAACUCACAUAAAAACCUUCUCCUUCGUGAGAGGAAUCCAACGGUAGAAGAAUCGUAGAAAACGGUCAUGAAACGAGAGAGAUAUCAUUCGCCGGAGUUGCAAGUUGUGGAAGCGGGUCUUUAUAAAAAGCAGAUAUUUUGUCGUAGAUAGGGGUGGAGGAGCUUCGUCUCGCCGCAAGGAUCAUUUUGCAACUUGAAUCGUCGAAAUCCGUUAGCUGUGCUCAUUUAGAGAUUGGAAUUGAAGAAGAGAAGUAGGAGCAUUUGGAUUUAAGUUAAUUUUGCGAGCAUAUCUGCCAAUCUCAACUCCAUCCCUGUCCUAAAUGGUACUAAUUUUAAGGAAUGGAAAGAAAAUAUUCUAAUAACUUUGGGCUGCAUGGAUCUUGACUUAGCAUUAAGGGUAGAGCAACCCGCUUCUCUUACGGAUGCUAGUACCCAAGAUGAAAAAAGGUACUAUGAGAAGUGGGAUCGCUCGAAUCGCUUAAGUCUUAUGAUCAUAAAGCGUGGCAUUCCAGAAUCCUUUAGGGGAGCUGUAUCCGAUGAGGUUACUAAUGCCAAGGAUUUCCUUUCUGAAAUUGAGAAACGUUUUGUUAAAAGCGAUAAGGCGGAAAUAAGCAUGUUGUUAAAAGACUUUACUUCCAAAAGGUAUUCAGGAAAAGGAAAUAUAAGGGAGUAUAUUAUGGAAAUGUCUUAUAUUGUUUCUAGGCUCAAGACACUUAAGAUUGAGAUAUCGGAAGAUGUUCUCGUACACAUAGUCUUGAACUCUCUUCCUAUUGCAUUUGAUCCUUUUAAAGUUAGUUAUAACUGCCAGAAGGAGAAGUGGUCUCUUAACGAGCUCAUUUCAUAUUGCGUGCAAGAGGAAGAGAGGAUGAAACAAAAUAAGACAGAAAGUGCUCACUUGGCUAGUACCUCUAAGGAUAAGGGUAAAAAGAGGAAUAGAACUCCCAUUAAGAAUGAAGCUGCUAAAGGUCCAGUACAGAAGAAACAUAAGGAAGGUGAAACAACUUGUUUCUUCUGUAAGAAGUCUGGACACAUGAAGAAGGAUUGUACCAAGUAUCACGCUUGGAAAGUGAAGAAAGGGUUGUCUGAGCCACCGCAAGCCAAAUGAUGCUGAAAGAUGUGUCUAUGUGGGAGAUGGCAAAGCGGUGCAUGUGGAGGCUAUUGGGCAUUUUAGAUUGUUAUUGUCUACUGGUUUCUAUUUGGAUUUAAAAGACACUUUUGUUGUUCCGUCAUUUAGGCGGAAUUUGGUUUCUGUUUCUUAUUUGGACAAAUUGGGUUAUCAUUGUUCAUUUGGAAACUUUCGGUUUCAUUUGUCUUUAAAUUCAAGUAUAGUAGGGACUGGUUCUUUUAUGUCAUAUGACAAUCUUUACAUGCUUGAAACAAUAACUUCAUAUAAUAAUGUUUUGAAUAUUGACACCCGAGGCACUAAGCGAAAGGUUGAUAAUGCACAAUCUGGUUUUUUAUGGCACAAACGAUUAGGUCACAUCUCUAAAAAUAGAGUUGAACGUCUUGUGUCUGAUGGAACACUUAAUUCCAUUGAUUUUUCUGAUUUCAAUACUUGUAUUGAGUGCAUUAAAGGAAAACAAACCAAAAUUAAGAAAAAAGGUGCAUAUAGAGCUAUGGAUGUCUUAGAAUUAAUACACACGGAUAUUUGUGGGCCAUUUCCUACUCCUUCAUGGAAUGGUCAACAAUAUUUUGUGUCAUUCAUAGACGAUUACUCUAGAUAUGCAUACUUAUUUCUUAUACAUGAAAAAUCUCAAGUCUUGGACGUGUUUAAAUCUUACAAAUCAGAAGUUGAGAAUCAACUCAACAAACGCAUAAAGAAAGUCAAAUCCGACCGUGGUGGUGAAUACUAUGGGAGGUGUGACGGCUCAGGUGAACAACGUCCAGGGCCUUUUGCCAAAUUUCUAGAGGAAUGUGGGAUUGUCCCUCAAUACACCAUGCCGGGUUCACCUAGCAUGAAUGGCGUAGCUGAGAGACGUAAUAGAACCCUUAAGGAAAUGGUAAGAAGUAUGAUUUCUCAUUCUAUCUUACCUGAAUCCCUCUGGGGUGAGGCAUUAAAGACUGCAGCUUACAUUCUUAAUCGAGUGCCAACUAAAGCAACUACUAAAACACCUUAUGAGCUUUGGACGGGUAAAAAGCCUAGUUUAAAGCAUUUUCAUAUUUGGGGUUGUCCAGCCGAGGCAAAGCCGUAUAGACCGCAUGAAAAGAAACUGGAACCCAAAACAGUUAGUAGUUACUUUAUUGGUUACUCGGAACGAUCUAGGGGAUAUAAAUUUUAUAAUCCUGAGGAUAAAAAUAUUUUUGAAACGGGAACUGCCAUAUUUUUCGAGGAUGUUGAGUUUGGGGGGAAGAAUAAAGUUAGGG